AGUUCAUUUUAAGGGAAAGUUGUGUGAAGGAAGUAAAUAAAAAUUUGCCAAUUUUCGUAAAAUCCGUAGUGAAUGCGAGACCAAAACCACCAAAUUUUGCGUAGAUAAUACAAUCCGAGUGCUUCUUCAACGAGUAAUCCGCCACAAAUCAGCGACAAAGCAAUGACUAUGGGCGAAAAUUCCGUUAUAAUAAAUUCGCUAACUUGGCCAGCAAUCAUACGACCAAUUCUCACACAGCUCGAACGACACGAUGUUGUUGCGUCGCAAACAUUGCGAGCUGCUUUGCUGAAGGCAGAACAGAGUCAACCAGGCGUAGCGCAUGACCUUGUUAUGGGAAUCAUUCGGAAAACCGAGCUAAAUAACGUCAACAUCAAUGAGGCUUUGUUACGUUUACAGGGUUCAGUAUCGGAGACUGAUUUGAUCGAGUACCGUUUAAACCGAUCAGAAGAUGCAUUCCAGGAGCUUAAUAAGAAAUCGGCAGCACUCAAACGCAUCUUGAGUCGCAUUCCCGAUGAAAUUACCGACAGAAAGACCUUUUUGGAGACAAUAAAAGAAAUUGCAAGUGCCAUUAAGAAAUUAUUGGAUGCAGUUAACGAAGUGGUUGGAUUUAUCCCAGGGUCGUCUGGGAAACAAGCAGUUGAGCAGCGCAAAAAAGAGUUUGUCAAAUAUUCCAAGAAAUUUAGCACGACACUCAAGGAAUAUUUCAAAGAAGGACAAGCGAAUGCAGUAUUUGUCAGCGCACUGUACUUAAUCCAUCAGACAAAUCAAAUAAUGGGCACCACAAAGAGUAAAUGCGAAUAAAUUCCGUCACUUCCAACUCGUAAUUUAUAGUUAAAUGUUAAGCGGAAUGAAAUUCUUAACUUUUUAGCAUUUUCUAGCCAAAAUAUUCGUAAAUAUUAUGAAGAUUCGUUUAAUUUUUGUCCUCUUAUCACAUACAUCAUAUAUAUUUAUCACUUGAAGUAUUUUUGAAGUUUAUUACUAGAUUUUAUUAUUAUUGAUUAAAAAAAUUAAUAUAUAUAUUGAGAAAUAUUUUUAAAAUGAGGAGAUUUCUAUUCUAUUGGUAGGUUUAAUUUGUUACCCACAAAAAAAUUUUUCAAAUGAAUUAA